GGCCUGCUCACGGCGAUGGGUUCCCUGGCGGCCGCCCUCUGGACAAUGCUCCAUCCCCAGACUCUCCUACUGGGUGCUGUCGCCUUUCUCAUCUUUGCUGACUUCCUCAAAAGACAGCGGCGAAAGAACUUCCCGCCGGGGCCUUGGCGCCUGCCCUUGCUUGGCAACUUCUUCCACCUGGACUUCGAGCAGUCUCACCUGACACUUCAGCAGUUGGUGAAGAAAUACGGGAACCUUAUUGGCCUGGAGUUUGGAAACAUGUCUUCAGUAGUUAUUACUGGAUUGCCCUUGAUCAAAGAAGCCCUUAUCCACAUGGACCAACACUUUAUGAACCGCCCCAUUCUUGCUCUCCAAGAACCUAUCGUUAAGGGAAAUGGAUUGAUCAUGUCCAAUGGCCAGGUAUGGAAGGAGCAAAGAAGGUUCGCCCUGACAGCACUAAGGAACUUUGGUCUGGGAAAGAAGAGCUUAGAGGAACGCAUUCAGGAGGAGGCCCGCCACCUCAUUGAGGCAAUCAAGGAGGAGAACGGGCAGCCUUUUGACCCUCACUUCAAAAUCAACAAUGCAGUUUCCAAUAUCAUUUGCUCCAUCACCUUUGGGAAGCGAUUUGAGUACCAGGAUGGUCAGUUUCAGGAGUUGCUGAGGUUAAUGGAUGAGGUCACAUAUAUGACUGCUUCAAUACCUUGCCAGCUCUACAAUAUGUUUCCAUGGAUAAUGAAAUUUCUUCCUGGAUCCCAUCAAACUGUCAUCAAAAUCUGGGAAAAACUGAAAUUGUUUGUUUCUCAUAUGAUUGAAAAACACAAGAGAGAUUGGAAUCCUGAUGAAACAAGAGACUUUAUCGAUGCUUACCUCAAGGAAAUGGCCAAGAAUGCAGGCAAGGCUACUUCAAGUUUCCAUGAAGAGAACCUCAUCAUGAGCACUCUGGACCUCUUCUUUGCUGGAACCGAGACAACUUCUACAACCCUGCGCUGGGGUCUGCUUUACCUGGCCCUCUACCCAGAAAUCCAAGAAAAAGUACACGCUGAGAUUGACAGAGUGAUUGGCCAGGGGCAGCAGCCCAGUGUGGCCGCCCGGGAGUCCAUGCCCUACACCAAUGCCGUCAUACACGAGGUGCAGAGGAUGGGCAACAUCAUCCCCCUGAACGUGCCCCGGGAAGUGACAGUCGAUACCACCUUGGCUGGGUACCACCUGCCCAAGGGCACUAUGAUCCUGACAAAUUUGACUGCGCUGCACAAGGACCCCACAGAGUGGGCCACCCCGGACACGUUCAAUCCUGAGCAUUUUCUGGAAAAUGGACAGUUUAAGAAAAGGGAAGCCUUUCUGCCUUUCUCAAUAGGAAAGCGGGCGUGCCUUGGAGAACAGUUGGCCAAGUCUGAGCUCUUUAUUUUCUUCACUUCCCUUAUGCAAAAAUUUACCUUCAGGCCCCCCAAAAAUGAGAAGCUGAGCCUGAAGUUCAGAAUGGGCAUCACCAUCUCCCCAGUCAAACACCGCCUCUGUGCUAUUCCUCGGGCGUGACGUCGCAGGGAAGGAAAGGGGGAAGGAAGGAAGAAGAAACGGCAUGUGUUCUGAAGCCACUGGUGACUGCACAGAUGAGAGUGGACAAAAUGAAAGUGACCCUGAGGAAAGAUCAGAGGAAACUAUAUCCAAAUCUGAGCUCUGCUGUCUCCUCCAAAUGAGCCUUGAGAAAAUCGUUUAUGUGCUGAACAAUUUACCUUUUAAUCUGGGCGAUGAAAAGAGGACAAUGAUUCCUUCACUAAAGAAAGUUCUCGUAGGAUUCGAAGGAAAUAGUAGCCUUUAAGUGAUUUAUAAACCAUAAAGCACAUCAUAAAAGUU